UUUUAAGUAAAUGAUUGCAUAAAACUGAUCACAGCCUACAGUUAUGAGCACCAUUGGCUGUGGCAUGCUUGAUUUUUCAUCAUGAAAGCUGGAUGUGUUAUUUUAGUGCUUUUUGCACUGUGCAUCGUUGAGAAGGUAAACUGUGGGAACAUCUUGGUCUGGCACACUGAGGGAAGUCACUGGAUAAACAUGAAGCCUGUGCUGGACACACUGAUCGACAGAGGCCAUCGUGUCACCAUCCUCUUUCAGAACGCGUCCAUGUUCAUUGAUCCCAAGGAACACGCGCAGUACAACUACCAUCUGUUUAACGUCUCCAUUCCCAUGUCUGAAGUGGUGGAGUUUUUUGACGACUUUGUACACUUUUCACUGUAUGAACUUGACCAUUUGAGCUAUGUGAGGAUUUACUGGAGGCUACAUGACCUCAUGAAGAAAGAUGCCGCACUUGGCCUCAGAAUUUGUGAUGGCAUUCUUAGGUCAGAUGCCCUCAUGGACAAACUGAAGCAGGCCAAAUACGACCUUCUCUUCGCAGAUCCUAUUUAUCCCUGCAGCGAGCUGGUGGCUGAGGUUCUGAACAUACCCUUUGUGUACUCACUGCGCUUUUCAGUGGCCAACACCAUGGAGAGACUCUGUGGACAGCUGCCAGCUCCACCAUCAUAUGUUCCUGGCACCAUGGUGAAACUGACAGACCAAAUGAGCUUCUCCGAAAGACUCAUCAAUUUUGUGUUCUACCUGGUGCAGGAUGCUGUGUACUGCAUCACAUGGAGACAGUAUGAUCAGUAUUACAGUGAGAUUUUGGACGGAAGUCACUUUAUUAACAUGAAGCCUGUGCUGGACACACUGAUCGACAGAGGCCAUCGUGUCACCAUCCUCUUUCAGAACGCGUCCAUGUUCAUUGAUCCCAAGGAACACGCGCAGUACAACUACCAUCUGUUUAACGUCUCCAUUCCCAUGUCUGAAGUGGUGGAGUUUUUUGACGACUUUGUACACUUUUCACUGUAUGAACUUGACCAUUUGAGCUAUGUGAGGAUUUACUGGAGGCUACACGACCUCAUGAAGAAAGAUGUCGCACUUGGCCUCAAAAUUUGUGAUGGCAUUCUUAGGUCAGAGGCCCUCAUGGACAAACUGAAGCAGGCCAAAUACGACCUUCUGUUCACAGAUCCUAUUUAUCCCUGCAGCGAGCUGGUGGCUGAGGUUCUGAACAUACCCUUUGUGUACUCACUGCGCUUUUCAAUGGCCAACACCAUGGAGAGACUCUGUGGACAGCUGCCAGCUCCACCAUCAUAUGUUCCUGGCACCAUGGUGAAACUGACAGACCAAAUGAGCUUCUCUGAAAGACUCAUCAAUUUUGUGUUCUACCUGGUGAAGGAUGCUUUGUACCACAGCGUAUGGAGACAGUAUGAUCAGUAUUACAGUGAGAUUUUAGGAAAGCCCACUUCUUUCUGUGAGCUAAUGGGCAAAGCUGACAUCUGGUUGAUCAGGACAUACUGGGACUUUGAUUAUCCCCGCCCCAUCCUUCCUAACUUCAAAUACAUUGGAGGAAUUCACUGCAAACCUGCCAAACCCCUACCAAAGGACAUGGAGGAGUUUGUUCAGAGCUCUGGAGAUGAUGGGAUUGUGGUGUUCACCUUAGGAUCAAUGAUCGCAAACCUCACCAAAGAGAAGAGCAAUACUAUUGCCUCUGCCUUGGGGCAAAUCCCACAGAAGGUGUUGUGGAGGUACAAAGGUGAGAAGCCAGAGAAUCUUGCUCCAAACACCGGACUGUAUGAUUGGAUCCCACAGAAUGACCUACUGGGACAUCCCAAAACUAGGGCUUUUGUGACCCAUGGUGGGACCAAUGGAUUGUAUGAGGCCAUUUAUCAUGGUGUGCCCAUGGUGGGUAUUCCACUAUUUGCUGACCAGCCAGACAACAUGGUGCACAUGAAGGCCAAAGGAGCUGCUGUCAUCAUGGACUACAACACCAUGCAGACCCAAGACCUUGUGGAGGGACUGAAGACUGUGAUCAAUGAUCCAUCGUAUAAAGCCAGCGCCACAAUACUGUCAAAAAUACACCACGACAGACCAGAGACACCAAGAGAUGAGGCUGUGUUUUGGGUAGAAUAUGUGAUGCGCAACAAGGGGGCCAAGCAUUUAAGGGUAGAAGCCCAUAACCUUACAUGGUACCAGUACCAUUGUCUUGAUGUGUUUGCUUUUAUGAUUGGAAUAGUCCUACUGGUCCUCUUCAUGUUUAUCAAAACUUGCAAGUUUUGCUUUAGAAGGUGCUGUUUGAGAUCAAAUGAAAAGAACAAACAAGAGUAAAUGAGUUUUUAUUUUUUGCACUGCAUUUUUUUUAUUUUCAUUUUAUACAUACCCUUUAUUUACUUGAAUGUACUUGAACUGAGUGCUGAAUGCUGUUUUUUUGUUGCUUUGAAAUCAUUUCUGUCAUUUGUAAAUUUUGGCAAAUAUUGGUGGCUGACUGAUGAUGUCUAAUGUAUGCAUUCUAUCUUUUAUGAAAACUGCUCAGGUUAUGUCCACUUCAUAAAAUGUCCAUGUGUUGCUUUUUGAAAAUAACUCACACUCACCCAGCAAUACCUCACUCACCCAUACCUCCAGAGCCAUACCUUUCUGCGGCUUUAGGUCAGUUUUUGUUUUGGUGCUGAGGGGCCCCUUCCAGGGAGCACAGAACACUAACAGUGUUUGGUUGUGUGGACAUGCACAGUCCUGUUUACACACAACCUUGGACAUGGGAGGUGGGAGUGCCAGCAAGGAGGCUAAAACCCUGCGCUCCUAGCAUCUGUCGCUAGCACGUCUCUUAAGGUGUGUCAGGGAGUGACAUGCUUGCUACUGUUACAGCUACAUGCAAAAACCAAACCCUCAACGAAAAAUGGAAAUAAUGAAUAGUAUGAGGGGUCACCCUGGGUUGCCUGGGUUUGUCUAUGCCAUAGGCCGGCCCUACUUACCUCAAUGCCUGUGACACUAGCCACUGAUUCCUCCCCUCCUCCAUUCUCUUCUAAAAUGGCUAAAUACAAAUACAAGAAAAGCACACAUACACUGAAAGCAACAAAAGAGGAUAUUUUAAAACAAACUCUCAGAAUAGCCUUAUAUUAUCACUCUUGCAAGUCCCUUUACUUUCCUAUAUACCUGCUAUAAUUAUAAUAACCAUUAACAGCUGGUUGAGUUUGACAGUCAGAAUUCCAGCAAUGUGUCUCCCAUCAACUGAGAAAUGGUCUUGCAUUCUUAAAAAAAUAUAUAAUACAACAGGCUUUUACUGUUCUGCAGAGGAGUCAAUAUUCCCAUGGUGUAUAAAAUAAGUGUGGUCAGUAGUAUAGUAAUAACAUGUGUUCUAUUUCUGUGGAGAGAAGUAGACUGUAUACUGCUCACAUUUUGUAUAGGCCUUGAUUAAAAAUAAAUAAAAGGAACUUAUUGAACAUAA